GCGAAGCAGUCACGGCUAUCGGUCCGCGGUCCAUCGCUAGCUCAUUCAGGUUUUAAUUAAGUAAAUUUUGGAAAAACACUGUUUACUGUUGCGGAUGAGAAGGUAAUGAUUUAAAUUGGCUCAGAAAAACAGUGCAACUUCAAAUUACAUUGGCUCCAAAGUUGGCGUGUUGUGUUUGCAAAAAAAUGCAGCCGCAUAAAACAUGGUAAUUGGAUGCAAAAGUUGUGUGCUAAAACUGAAAGUGAAAUAAAAGCUGCGAUACCAUUGGCGAUAGUCGGGCAGCCAUCGACAAUCGGAGGAGCCGGCUGGACGGGGUGUUAUCGGAAAAUUGGCAGCCCUGAAAAUCCUUUGGAAAAUCCUCAAGUUCAGCUGCUUUUGCACACACUGACCUUCAUUAUACACACAAACCCACAUAUACAAGGUGCGUUCCGUGUGCGCGCGUGUGUGUGCGCCUGCAAGUGUGUGGGAGCACUGGAAAAAAGGCUGGAAAGGAAACACAAGCCGAAAAAUCAGAGACAGUGAAAAACACGCAUUUAGUUCAAAUACUGCAAGCCGGAAAAGUCGACCGUAAAAAGUCAAGGACGACAUGCUGCCCCCCGCCCACAGAAGUGGAUGUGGGUGGCUCACCUAUUAGAACUCCACUAAAACGCAAGCGCAGGAGUUUUUUCCUUCAAGAAGUCAAGGCUUCUUCGCUUUCGGGGUCAUGGUCACAGGCCACAGGAUAUAGUGUAUAUAUAUCGCAUAGGAUUUAGCUGCAAGGCAACACCAUGUCCAGCGAAUCCUCCACCGAAGGCGACAGCGAUCUAUACGAUCCACUGGCCGAGGAGCUCCACAAUGUCCAGUUGGUCAAGCAUGUGACCCGGGAGAACAUCGAUGCGCUGAACGCCAAGUUUGCCAACCUGCAGGAGCCACCAGCCAUGUACUUAAUGGAAUAUCAGGAGUUGACCUCCAAGCUGCAUGAACUGGAGGCCAAGGAGCAAGAGCUCAUGGAGCGCCUGAACUCCCAGGACCAGCAGGAGGACUCCUCCCUGGUUGAGCGCUACAAGGAGCAGCCGCACUAUCAAAAUCAAACCCAAAUCCUGCAGCAACAACGGCAGCUGGCUCGGGUCCAUCAUGGCAAUGAUCUUACGAACAGCUUGGGCUCCCAGCCGGGCAGCCAGUGUGGCACUUUGACCCGCCAGCCGAAGAUCCUGUUAAGAGCCCACCUGCCCAAUCAGCAGCGAACUUCAGUGGAGGUCAUUUCGGGAGUACGACUAUGUGAUGCCCUCAUGAAAGCCCUGAAGCUCCGGCAGUUAACGCCGGACAUGUGCGAAGUGAGCACCACUCAUUCCGGCAGACAUAUCAUACCCUGGCACACGGACAUUGGCGCUCUGCACGUAGAAGAGAUCUUUGUGAGGCUGCUGGACAAGUUCCCCAUUAGGACACACAUCAAGCACCAAAUCAUAAGGAAGACCUUCUUUUCGUUGGUGUUUUGCGAGGGCUGUCGCAGGCUUUUGUUCACCGGCUUCUACUGUAGCCAGUGUAAUUUCCGAUUCCAUCAGCGGUGCGCCAACAGAGUGCCCAUGCUGUGCCAGCCCUUUCCCAUGGACAGCUACUAUCAGCUACUCCUGGCAGAGAAUCCGGACACUGGCGUCGGGUUCCCGGGCAGGGGCACCGCAGUCCGGUUUAAUAUAAGUCGCAGUCGCCGGUGCAGCAGCAGUGGCAGCAGCAGCAGCUCCAAGCCACCCCCGUCGUCCUCUGGCAACCAUCGACAGGGUCGUCCGCCCAGGAUCAGCCAGGAUGAUCGAUCCAAUUCCGCUCCCAAUGUGUGCAUCAACAACAUUCGAUCACUAACCAGCGAAGUGCAGCGCAGUUUGAUCAUGCAGGCCAGGCCCCCAUUGCCGUAUCCCUGCACGGAUCACUCGAACUCCACGCAGGCAUCUCCCACCAGCACACUGAAGCAUAAUCGCCCUAGGGCAAGAUCCGCCGAUGAGAGCAACAAGAAUCUGCUUUCGAGGGACGCCAAAAGCUCAGAGGAAAACUGGAACAUCCAGGCGGAGGAGAUUUUGAUUGGACCUCGCAUUGGAUCGGGAUCCUUUGGAACCGUUUACCGCGCCCACUGGCACGGUCCCGUGGCCGUAAAGACGCUCAACGUAAAGACGCCGAGUCCCGCCCAGCUGCAGGCCUUCAAGAACGAGGUGGCCAUGCUGAAGAAGACGCGUCACUGCAACAUUCUGCUAUUCAUGGGCUGUGUGUCCAAGCCAUCGCUGGCGAUUGUGACGCAAUGGUGCGAGGGGAGCAGUCUCUACAAGCACGUUCAUGUCAGCGAAACCAAGUUUAAGUUGAACACGCUGAUCGACAUUGGUCGCCAGGUUGCCCAGGGCAUGGAUUACCUGCAUGCCAAGAACAUCAUACACAGAGACCUCAAGUCGAACAACAUAUUUUUGCACGAGGAUCUCUCUGUGAAGAUUGGAGAUUUCGGACUGGCAACGGCGAAAACCCGAUGGUCUGGUGAGAAGCAGGCCAACCAGCCCACGGGCAGUAUUUUAUGGAUGGCUCCGGAGGUCAUUCGCAUGCAGGAACUGAACCCCUACUCUUUUCAAUCGGACGUUUAUGCCUUUGGCAUCGUGAUGUACGAACUGUUGGCCGAGUGCCUGCCCUACGGUCAUAUUAACAACAAGGAUCAGAUCCUGUUUAUGGUGGGACGCGGACUGCUACGCCCGGACAUGAGUCAAGUGCGCUCAGAUGCGCCGCAGGCACUGAAGCGCUUGGCAGAGGACUGCAUCAAGUAUACGCCCAAGGACCGACCUCUCUUUAGGCCUCUGCUCAAUAUGCUGGAGAAUAUGCUGCGCACCUUGCCCAAAAUCCAUCGCAGUGCCAGUGAGCCGAACUUGACGCAGUCGCAGCUGCCGAACGACGAGUUUCUGUAUCUGCCCAGCCCCAAGACGCCGGUGAACUUCAACAACUUCCAGUUCUUCGGCAGUCCUGGGAAUAUUUAGAAAGCCGCCUGUACCUGUACUUAAACCCUUGUGUGAUCAACGUGAUCCUAUUUCUAUACAUAUAUACAUAUUUUCGGUUUAGUCCCUCUGUACAUAAGCGUUUCGCGACGCGGACGGCGGCAUUGGCUGCCCACCAAAGUGAAAGAGAUGGCUGGUGGUUGGCUGCCGGCCCAGGAGCGAAGAUUGCUGCUUUCCUUGGAACUGACAAAGUGCAUUUCUGUUACCACAAAACGACUACGAAACUGUAAACUAAACUGCAACGCCCAUGUGUACAUAACUGCAUCGUAACUUAUAUACGUUAGGCAAGACUACUGAAACUAAACUAAACUAAACUAGCUGAUCGCAAUUACAUUAUACACAUUAUACUUAUACUACAAAUAGA